AUUAUAUAUUACACAUUACAAAUAUCGCUCAAAUCUCAUUUUUCGAGGAAUUCGAACAGGUUCAAAGCUAAUUGGAGAAGAUGAAGAUCACUGUAAUGACAGCCGAUGAACAAAUCCUCACUCUAGACGUCGAUCGCAACGAAACUGUUGAGAACUUGAAAGUUCUUCUGGAAGUUGAGACACAAGUGCCCCUACAGCAGCAAGAGCUGCUAUUCAACGGAAAGGAGAUGAGUAAUUCUGAGAAAUUGGGUGCUCUUGGUGUUACUGAUGGAGAUUUGGUGAUGAUGGUCUCAAAUGCUUCAUCUUCUGGUGCUAGAGCAUCCCCAAAUGAGGCAGGGUUCAAUCCAGAUGGUUCUGCAAUGAACCCCUCAGCUUUGCAGCAGCAGUUGCGUAACGAUUCUAAUGUGAUGGCUCAGCUGUUCCAGAGUGAUCCCGAGUUGGCACAAGCUAUCCUUGGAAAUGAUCUCAACAGGCUACAAGACAUUUUACGCUCUCGUAAUCACCAGAGAGGUGAAUUACGGCGUCAGCAAGAAGAGGAAAUGGCUUUACUUCAUGCAGACCCGUUUGACGUGGAGGCACAGAAGAAAAUUGAAGCUGCCAUUCGCCAGAAAGGAAUUGAUGAGAACUGGGCUGCUGCCUUAGAAUACAAUCCUGAAGCUUUUGCAAGGGUGGUUAUGUUGUAUGUUGACAUGGAAGUUAAUAGUGUUCCUUUGAAGGCCUUUGUUGAUAGUGGAGCUCAGUCAACAAUUAUAUCUAAAAGCUGUGCCGAGCGUUGUGGAUUGUUGAGGCUUUUAGAUACACGUUAUAGGGGUAUUGCUCAAGGAGUUGGUCAAACUGAGAUAAUUGGCCGGAUACAUGUUGCUCCCAUCAAGGUAUGCAUGAUUCCAGAAAAGGACAUUCCUUCUAAUUUAUUUAAUGAAGAGAGGUUGAAGGAAGCAUCUAGCUCAGUAGCACAAGCAACAUCUGUAUCUGGAGAGAACAUCAAUACCCAAACAGGAAGACCUUCUGCCACCGGAAGCACUGGCGGGAAUGCUGCACAGGGACGUGAUUUUGAAGCAAAAGUUGCAAAGCUUGUUGAGCUAGGAUUUGGAAGGGAACAAGUGAUUCAAGCUUUGAAGUUUUUUGAUGGCAACGAAGAACAAGCUGCUGGAUUUCUUUUUGGGGGCUGAAGAUGAUUCUACACACCGGCAUAGGCCAUUGUUGAUUUUGUAACUUGUGCGCAUAAAAAAUAUUUAUUCGUUUGAUAACUGCAGAAAAAAUUCUUGCAGUUAAACAUAAAAGGAAUUUGGAUUUGACAUCGAAGAGUGAAAGAACUGUAUCGUUCAUUUGAACAAAAAGUGGAAUGAAUUUUGAAGAUUCUGAACUCUUU